CAAGGAGAAUAAAAGUGGAAGAGUCUGGCUCCAAAAGUGGCUGUGAUGGAUGGAGAGACAGCUUGGUGUUCAAAAUGGGAAAUUUCAGACGCAAACUCAGCAAGUCAGGGUGUCCAGAAGUGAAAGUUAACAAUGGCAAGAGAAGUAAAAGUAGCCCAGAUGGCGACUCGCCACAUUCAAAGAUAAAGAGGCUGUCAUGACUUCCUCCGAAGCUGCCUCCUCUCCUUGUUCAGGCAGGCUUCGGCGUUCGUCGUCACUGGCCUUCUAGCCACUGCCGCUCCUCAUCUCAUCAUUCCAUUUGUUUUGUCUUGUUUAUUACACACACCUGGUUCAUAUCCCCUCAUCAAUACCUGUAUAAGUAUUCCCUCUGCCUCCCAUGUCUUUGUGUGUGAUUGUUUAUUGUGGAGGUUAGUUUAGCUUGGUGGAGCUAUAUUGUAUUGUGUAUCGCCAGGAUAUUCACCCGUGUGCCUUGUUUUCUGUAGUGUGUCGUAUUUACCCCACUGGAGUGUUUUACGCAAUGCUGCGUACCACUGUACUACCGAACAAACCAUUUAUUCUGUGAUUUACCCUCCUGCGCCUGACUCCGUCCAAAUCACCCGCUACAGCGGCCUCGACGAGCAGAAGUAAACUUUCUCCCACAGUUUCCACAAGGUGAAACUGAAGAAAGUCUGGAGAGGUGGAGGAGUUGGAGGAAACGGACCAGAUUAACUUGUAUUGGUCAACAGCAGCAUGUGUAGGACCUUUGCAUUGAGAUGGUUACCUUGAGCCCCACCAUAGAGCGUAUCCAAGACAGACUUUUCCUUGAGGAACAAGUGUGUGUGUGUGUGUGUGUGUGUGUGUGGGGGUGGGUGGGUGUGGGGUGACGUAAAGCAGUUUUCAAAAGCCUUUGUACUUUGUUUUAGGUAUGUGCAGAGUACCAUCACAUCACAAACCAGCAACUCCGGGAUUUGUUUUAUUCCAUGUUGGAACAACACACAGAACGCUUGCUAGCCGUAUCCAGAGAGAAGCAGGGAAAGACUGGAAGAAAUGGACAAAAGAUAGCUGCCAUUCUGAAUUUGUACAGCCAGGUAUAUAAAUUAAAUCAGUAAGCAAAAUGUAAAGCAAAUUAAUUGAUUGAAAUGUUACAUUUUAAGAUCAGUGAUACCCUUACAGAAAUGUAUAGUUAAUGUUUCUCUGUAGCAACCACGUGAUGUGAACACCGAUCGAACUGUUGUCCUCAGAUGUCUUCCAGCAAUACUCCAAGAGGAUGACUCUGGAGUGUUCAUAACAUGCACGGUGGGUUGUGUUUGUGUGCGAGGUUGUUCAAGUAUUCUUUGACCCAAAAUAAAGGAGGGGAGAAACUACUUGUGUGUCUUCAUAAUAGUUUAUUGUGACAUGAUAAUUAUAUUUUCAUGUUCUUUCUCAGGAGGAAACAUCCCAAGACCCUGCAGCCAUCAAGAGACCAGCAGCCAUCAUCUCAGUCAUUGAUGACGAU